UGUCAGUGCUGUUUGUUGCAGGAUGGAGGCGUACUUGCGUUAGUGUCGCUGGCAACUGAAUCUAAACAUUACCCUGCUAUACAAGGGCAAGAGCAACUCGACAGAGGUCUCAAGAAAACAAAACGACGACAUUACUUCAGGAGGCUAAGGAACAGAUGAUGGAGCAGCCAGACCACUUUGAGGACAGUCUCACUGAGCCUUCCGGGAGGAUCAGAACAUCAUCCCCUGCAGAUGCCAAUGAGGAUUCCCUGCUUGGUUCCAGGACAGGUCGAAAUGAUGUUUCGGAGGCUGGCAAUGGGGACAGGUCUCAUGCCAGCCUGUACUGCAGAACCUCAGAGGACAGAGGAAGUGUCUUUGAGGACUUUGUGAUCACGGAUAAGAGGCUGCUAUUGAAGACAUUAAUCGAAGCAGAAACUGCAGCAAAUGCCGCAGCCAUUCAACUGGUGUCAUUCAAGGACACGCUGGACGACAGUUUGGUUGAGUCCAGGUGUUCCGGUGAUGGUCGGUUGUCGAGACAGAGGGGCAUGCUACUGGAAAAACUGGACAUGUUCAAACGCAUCAAUGCUGCAGUCCGUCAGCAGCUGAAGGAUUUCCAGGAUAAAGAGGCAUCUCGACUUGAGACAGGCAAACAAAUUGACAUUUUGCUAAAGAGACUAACUCAGACUGAAAGUGAAAACCAGCAUUUAAAAUCCACUUUGAGUGAAAAAGACAGAAGAAUAGAGGAACUCAUGGCUUUAAGGAAGAGAGAGAUGGAGAAUGCGGAGUCCGUGGUGCAGUUUUCCAGGUCUGUAGAUGCCACUCGUGCACACCUCCAGAGUCAGCUCCGCAGUAAGGAGGGGGAGAACAACCGACUGACGGUCCAACUCAGAGCUUUAGAGAGAGCUGUAGCUCAUCAGAAGCUGGAGGUGGAGGAGCUGAAGAGUCAGUUGGCGGCAGCAUCUGAAAAGGCCUCCCAGGAGAAGGAGGCUCUGAAGAAGGCCACGCGAGCCCAGAAACACAGAGCCGAGAAGUUUGAGGCCGCUGUAGAGAGAUGUUAUGAGCAACUGAGAGAAAAGGAUGUAAAGCUUGCUGAGGCCAGAGCAGAGGGAGACAUUUGGAGGUCCCAACAGGAGAAGGCAGCAGAAGAGAGGGCUCAGCUUGAGACAGAAAUAGCAAGUCUUAAAGAUCAGGUGGCUGUGAUGACGGCAGAGCUGCAAAGAGAGAGAGAAAAGGCGAGUGCUGCUAGUGAAAUGCUCCUUCAGAAAGUGGAGAAACUCAACACUGAGAACGGAGAACUCGCCCUUGAAAACGCCACGCUCAAGGCCUCCACAGCUGAUCUGGAGGAAAGGAUACAGCACAUGCAUUCAGAGCUGCAAGAGCACAGUGCACUUGCACAGGAAAGGAAAUGUCAGGUUGAAGAGUAUGAAAGCAAGGUGGCACAACUGCAGGCGGAGGUCACAGGGGUGAAAAUAGAACUGGAGAGAGUUCUCAGAGAGACAGAGAAAACCAGAGAGGGGAAGGAUGCUGAAGUUGCCAAGGCGCGGGGGGAUUUAGAGACGCGUGUGCUGGAGCUGGAGCUGUACCCUGAUCUGCUGAGCGCUAGAGAGCAGAGCCUGCUUGACUGCCGAGAGAACCUCCUGCGCUCCGAACAGAGGUGCGCAGACAAGGCAGAGAGCGUCAGGCAGCUGCAGCUGAAGAUGGAGACUCGGACUCAGAGACUCAAAUCCUCUCUGGAGAUGAAGGACUCUUUAACUGAGGCAAACUCUCAGCUACAGAAGAGGGUGGAGUCUCUUCAGCAGCGGAUGGAGGAGCUGCAGGCGGAGAAUCAGGAGCUGGUGCGUAAGCUGGCCGGCCAGGAGGAGGCGCUUCAGUACAACAGCAGACAACUGGAGCUACGUUCGGCCGAAAACCAGGCCCUUGCCCGUCAGCUGGAAGCUGCUCUGGCCGACGUUAAACAGCAGGUGUGUAAGGUGAAAGAGAAAGCGUUGUCCAGACAGAAUGCUCUGCAGGCUAAAAUCCUGGAGCUGGAGUCCCAGAAGAGCAGGAGGGAGAGCGAGCUGAAACAGCUCCGCCAAAGCAUCCUUACUAGUGAGAAACAGUAUGAGGGUCGUCUUAGGGACCUGCAGCUGAGCCUCAACCAAUCAGAGAGCCACAAACAGAGCAUACAGAACUAUGUGGAUUUUCUCAAGAACUCAUAUGCCGCCAUGUUUGAAGAGGGCCUGUCAUCGGAUUACAUGUCCUCUUACUUUUUAAAGUAGCAUCUGUGCUUAGAAGUCC